AUGGACUACUCCAACCAGUACUAUUCACCGCAGAAGAUGCCCCAACUGCAGCAGCAACAGCACCAGCACCAGUCGCAGGCAAUCACCGUACAUAAUACCCAGCCAGGACAGAACAGACGAGGUCCUUGGUCACCAGAGGAGGACCGGAAGUUGAUGGAGCUCAUCUCAAUCUUCGGCCCUUCUAAUUGGGUAAGGAUCUCUAAUACAUUGAACACCAGAACUCCCAAACAAUGCAGGGAAAGGUACCACCAAAACUUGAAACCCUCACUAAACAGAACCCCCAUUACUAAUGAAGAAGGUGAACUAAUCGAGAAAUUGGUAGCGAAGUAUGGGAAGAAGUGGGCUGAGAUAGCGAGACACCUCAACGGCAGAAGUGACAAUGCCAUAAAGAACUGGUGGAACGGCGGUGCCAACAGGCGCAGACGGGCCAGCACGCAGGUCGGUAUCAUGGAUGAGGGCUCCUCAGGAAGCACCAGUGGAAGUGGGAAAGUAUCGCCAGAUCCCGCCGUGGCUUCGGCUGGGGCUGGCUCAGUGUCAAGCAUCUUACAUGAUCAUAAACCACUCCCUUCGGUUCCGACCUCUUCCACGGCUUCGUCGCUCAACUCCGUAUCCGUACUCCCCACACCUUCGUCGCUUUCCCAGCCGCAGUCGUCCCAGUCGUCCCAGCACUCCAUUAACUCUGUGUCCUCGCAGACCUCGUUCUCCCUCCCACCGCCCUUGCCUCAGAAGCAACACUCCACGGUAUCCACCUCGUCUGCGUCAUCGUCGACCACGAUCCCCUCGCAGUACCCGCAGGUGCCCCAUUUGCCGCAGAUAUCGUUCAACACGUCAAUGUUCGGCGGAUCGCAGGGUGAUCUCUCCAAGGAGAAGUUGGAGUCUAUGACCCCACCCCACCCGCCUUCUGGCUCGAUGAGACCCAGCAACUUGAGACUGGCUAGCUUUGAUAUACAUCUGAACAACUUGCCUCACUUGCAGAACAUAUUGCCCUCGAUAAUGAACCCACAGCAGCUGGCACACGGCCAGCACACCCCAUCGCAUCAGCUGCAGCAACAACAUACUGACCAUCCUCCAGUUAUGCUCCCGUCCAAGAGACGUUUGAUCGACGAGUCUCAGAUGAGCACUGCUAGAAGACACUCCACGGCAAAUACUAUCUAUUCGCUCCCACAUUCCACCAACCACUACACGAACUCGAACCCGAACUUGACCCAGUGUGUCCCACUCUCGUCAACAAACUCAGGGUCGAACUCAAACUCCACUGGAAAUGUGUCCCCAUACUACGGUUCUCCACUUUUAUUGGGACACCAGGCAUCAAGACACAAUUCGCUCUCCCACUUCGAAUUUUCUAGUCUUGCAUCUGGAAACAACAGUUCAUCGACCUCCAGAAGGUCUUCCAUUGCCCCGGACUUCUUCCCAAACCCUCUUUCAAACAACAAUAGUACUAAUAACAAUAACACUGUCAACGGCAGCAAUAAUAGCAUAGCGACACCUAAUCUGCACAAAAGAAAUACUUCCCAAAACUCAUUUAAUUCCCCAUCCAUCAGCACUACCAACCGGUUCUCCGUUUCAGGUCCUUCUUCAAUGUCAAAGUUGACACCUAUAAGCAACGGAAACCAGAGCAAACCACUCCCUCCUAUUCAGGACCAGAGCAUGUCACCCACUGGGGUAAGAUUGCCUGGAAUCAGCACUUUCUCUGAUAACUCCGAGAAGAAAAUCGAAGAGGAUAAAGCCAAGGUCACCAAGAUCUCGGUGCUGAACUUAAUCGAUUAA